AUGGCGUCGCGGGCUUCCGAGCCCAAAGCUGGGCUCUCCAGGACCCCUGGCCACGGGAGGUGCCAGGGCUCUUCUGCACCCCGGGCUGAGGCCGGCUUCAAGGAUCCCGUGCAGGGCUCCGGCCCGCGCAAGAACCUAGCGGCCGCCAAGGGCGAGGCCCUCCCGAGGAAUGUGCUCAGCGAGCGGGGGCGCAGGAAGCGGAUCUCAGUGAGCUGCGAGCGCCUGCGGGCCCUACUGCCCAGAUUUGAUGGCCGGAGGGAGGACAUGGCGACCGUCUUGGAGAUGGCCGUGCAGUUCCUACGGCUUGCAAGAAGCCUGGUGCCCAGCCAGGAGCAGCACCUGGUUCCUGCUACAGCUAGGGCCACAUGGCACACCUGGCAGGGGGACGUUCUGCAGUGGGCCCUGGCAAGCCAGGUUUCAGCAGGCAGGCCAGACCCUGGGACUGCAGCAUCCAGCCAGACUCUGCAGCAGGAGCCACUGGGAUGUGCAUCCCAGGGUGCAGGCGAGAGCAAGGCCCCAGCUGGGCUGUCGGAGCAGCUGGGUGGACUGCCUGCCCUGCCUGGUGUCAUGCACCUGUCGCUGGAUGUGUCCCUUCCUGGUCUCCUGUCUGCCGUCUGCCAGCAGGGUUUUCCCUGGCCCUCUAACCUCGGCUCCCGGCUCCCUCCCUGGCCUUCCUACGCUUGUCAGCUGACCUCCCCAAAGGUGGUCGAAGAUGCUGCCAUCAGGCAGGGCCUGGCUGGGCCUCCAGCCAGGAGCACCGCAUCUCCCAGCAGGCUGGCGGGGGAGGUGAGCCUGACCCCUGCAGUGGACAGCAGGUCUGCGUUUGGGCUGGACCCAGAGGAUGGGGAGUCCUUCCCGCUGAGUGCCAGUCCCGAUUUGUGGCUGGGGUCUGUGGAGGCCAGAUUAGCGACCCCAGCCAGAGCCUCGGCCAGAAGCAGCCCAGUGGGCAGGGCGGAACUGGGCUUCCCGGGCGACCCUGUGCCCAGCUCCCAGGAACUCCAGGACAGCCCCCUGGAGCUGUGGGGCUCGGACGUGGAUGCCUGGGGCUUGGACCUGAAGGACGAUGGAGUGGACAGCAUCUUCACCGACUUCCUGGCCAGCUAG